AUGAUAGUGUUUAGACCUCCAAGUUCUCUUUGCACCAAAAAGACCAUUGUGAAUCCACACUGUGAAGGAAAUCUUCACCGAGCCAGCAGUGUUCCUGAGUAUGUCUACAACCUGCACUUGGUGGAAAAUGACUUUGCUGGCGGGCAUUCCCCGGCUCCUAAAACCUAUGACAGGCGAAAGUCAGGCAUAACCACGGCGUAUGAAGGUCGCUGGGGGAGAGGCACCGCGCAGUACAGCUCACAGAAGUCCGUGGAAGACAGGUCCCUGAGGCAGCCUCUGCGGAGACUGGAGAUCUCCCCCGACAGCAGCCCCGAGCGGGUCCGUUACUCGCACAGCGAGUACCAGUACGGCCAGCGGAGCCAGGCGGCGCACACGCUGCGGCACCGCGACACCCGGGCCUCCUGGCAUCAGAGCUCCUUCCACAGCACACACACGGCGAGGGAGAGGGACGCCGGGCCCAGUGUCGCCGUGGAUGCGGGCGGGAGGAGGACGCACCUGACCGCGGGCCAGGUGGCUGCAGGAAGCGGGACCGUGCUGGCGGAGAGAGCCGUUUUCACCGACGCCCAGCUCAGGAAUGCAGACCUGGAGAUGACCCUGGAGCGGGCUGUGAGUAUGCUCGAUGCAGACCACACACCACCCGCCAGGAUUUCCGUGGCAGCCACCUUCAUACAGCACGAGUGCUUCCAGAAAUCCGAAGCACGGAAAAGGGUCUAUCAGCUUCAAGGCAUCCCCAAGCUACUGCACCUCCUAAAAGUUCAGAAUGAAGAUAUUCAGAGAGCCGUGUGUGGGGCCUUGAGAAACUUGGUGUUUGAAGACAAUGACAACAAGUUGGAGGUAGCUGAACUCAAUGGGGUACCUCGGCUGCUGCAGGUGCUGAAGCAAACCAGAGACUUGGAGACUAAAAAACAAAUAACAGGUUUGCUGUGGAAUUUGUCCUCUAGUGACAAACUCAAGAAUCUCAUGAUAACAGAAGCCUUGAUUAUCCUGACUGAGAAUAUCAUCAUCCCCUAUUCGGGGUGGCCAGAAGGAGACUACCCCAAAGCGAAUGGUUUGCUCGAUUUUGAUAUAUUCUACAAUGUCACAGGAUGCCUAAGAAACAUGAGUUCAGCUGGUCCUGAUGGGAGGAAAGUGAUGAGACGGUGUGAUGGACUGAUUGAUUCGCUGGUCCAUUAUGUCAGAGGAACCAUUGCAGAUUACCAGCCAGACGACAAGGCCACGGAGAACUGUGUGUGCAUUCUUCAUAACCUCUCCUACCAGCUGGAGGCAGAGCUCCCAGAGAAAUAUUCCCAAAGUAACUAUAUUCAAAACCGGAAUAUCCAGAUGGACAACAACAAAAGUAUUGGGUGUUUUGGCAAUCGAAGCAGGAAAGUAAAAGAGCAAUACCAGGACAUGCCGAUGCUCGAAGAAAAGAGCAACCCCAAGGGUGUGGAGUGGCUGUGGCACUCCAUCGUGACCCGGAUGUAUUUGUCCUUGAUCGCCAAAAGUGGCCGAAGCUACACCCAGGAAGCAUCUUUGGGAGCUCUCCAGAAUCUCACGGCAGGAAGUGGCCCAAUGCCGAUGUCAGUGGCGCAGACUGUGGUCCAGAAGGAAAACGGCCUGCAGCACAUCCGGAAGAUGCUGCACGUUGGUGACCCAAGUGUGAAAAAGACCGCAGUCUCCCUGCUGAGGAAUCUGUCUCGGAACCUUUCCCUGUGCAAUGAAAUUGCCAAAGAAACUCUACCUGAUUUGGUUGCCAUAAUUCCUGACACAGUUCCAAGUACUGAGCUUCUCAUUGAAACUACAGCCUCUGCCUGUUACACAUUGAACAACUUAACCCAGAACAGUUACCAGAAUGCCCGGGACCUUCUAAACACUGGGGGCCUGCAGAAAAUUAUGACUAUCAGCGCAGGCGAUACCUGUGCCUCCAACAAGGCAAGCAAAGCCGCUUCUGUUCUCUUAUAUGCCCUGUGGACACACACGGAGCUCCACAAUGCCUACAAGAAGGCUCAGUUUAAGAAGACAGAUUUUGUCAACAGCCGGACUACCAAAGCCUACCACUCCCUUAAAGACUAAGGAAAGUGAAAAAGUGCUCUCAGAAAUACCAACCUCACCAUUCUCGGCCACAAAAAAAACCCCAAAGGAAAACACCUAUUUUUCUACUUCCCAGUCCAAGAAACCUCAGAAAUAAAGCAUGCCUUGUUUUUAUCCUUUUCUAUUUCCAUGGUCCCCCGAAUCCAGAAGACAAAUAAUCAGAAUAUGAUUUUAUUAGUCUUCCAGAAGAUUUUCACAAGUUUGCCACCAGAAGAUACUGGCAGCAGGCUCUAUUUACCCUCCACAGAUAGUGGUCUUUGGGAUUAGGGCUUAUGGCUCAUGCCCUCCUGGAACCGAAAUGUGAAUUCAUGUGGAAUGGACGUUGACAGAAUAAAUAAGGAAAGAAGCUGUUGUAGUAUUACUAGGAUUUUAAAAGUUUUAUCUACAUUUCCAUGUUUUGUCACUUAUAUGCACAUUGCUUCACCAGAGAGCCAUGCAUAUAUUGUCUGCAGUGUUGAAACAGAAUGGAAAAAACAAAUAUUUGCUAAGUUAUCCAGGAGAAAAUUUAAUGGCAAAACUGUUUUUUGUUUGUUUUUUUAUGACUUUGUGCUUGUUCUUAUCCUCUUGAAUUUUUUCUCUGACUUUAAAUGAACUUAAGAAGUUUAAAUCAUGGAGCAUGCAUGUCUAUAAGAAAAAAGAAUUGAAAGGUAGUGAUCAAGCAGAUUUAAAAUCUUUUCUACAGAAAAAGGAACUUUGGCUAUGAAAUUCAGUGUUUCCUCUAACCACUGAGUAAAUGAGAUUUUUGCUUAAGGAAAUACUUUACCUAUAACAACAGCAUUAAAUGCAAAUCUCUUCUGAACAGUAGCACUCAAUGUAAUCUAUUUCCUGGACUUUCUCAGCCUCUGCAGUGGGCUGGUGGAAGAAUGGACUCUAUAUUUAGCUACAAAAGGAACCAAGGUCUCUCAAACUGCAGGGCCAGCCCAGGGCUCUGAAAACACAGUUCAUUUAAAUGAGUUAGUUGUUAUCAACCAGCCCAAGUUUGCCCAACAUUUAAAAAAGAGCACAGAGCCACUAAGUCUCAUAAUCUUCCUCAAGCCAUUAUUUUAAGUAAAGGAAACUCUAGAGAAGAAAAAUAAAGACGUUAUAUUGAGGAUAAAGGGGUCUAGGCCACCCAGAAGUGAUAUGAGAAGUACUCAUAUGUAAAAGUUGACAACAUCGUCUAUUAGGGCGAAUCUGUAUUAAGUGUUAUUUUAACUGGACUCUGGUUUAUGCCAUUCAUAAAGAAGUAAUCUUCUCAACUACAAUUCUGUUUUGUUAUGUUUUUUUAAAAGAAAUCUGACAAUGUUUGUUAUAAGAAAUAAGAAGUAAAAAAUUCAUCUCCUUUUGUCCAGAAAAGUGUAAUAGAAAAUAAAUCCCCAUUUUCUAUUUGAA